UCCGUCGAUAGCCGUUUGUUCAGCUUUUUUCCUUAUUUACUUUUUGUAUUUUUAGUAAAAAUAAUUAAUUGGAAAUGAAAUAAUUUAAUCUGUAAAAUUCAAAUGAGGAAAUCGACACAGCACAGCACAGCUGAAUAUCGGAUUUAGUUUGACAGCAUCCAAACAAGAGUCGCAAAGCAAACCGGCUUUGUUGUCGUUAUCAUUCAAUCUGUUUGGAGCGUUUCCGAAAGUUUAUUGAACUCCGACGCAGCGUGCAUUAACUUACGGCAAUAAAUACACAAUGAUUAAGAUUAAGCCUACUUAGAAACGAGAGUGUCGCGGCUGGCCUACACCAGGUUAGCGUAGCGCAAGCCCUUGACCAAACUGCCGCUGAAGCUGUCGCUGUCGAUGAAGCGAAUGCCAUCUUCUAGACAGGACUGAACACUGCAAGGAUACUCUGCACCGUACGCACUGCUGUCCCAGCGUAUCUGCAAUUCGUAGGACAGCUCCGGGCCCCCUGGUAUGCACCUCUCGCCCGGACAUCUCAAAGUCGUGCUCAUUCUCGCCCUGCUGCAGGACCUGCAGAUAAGACCACAGAAGGAUAUAUUCAGGGCACAUCUCGAACGGGAUCUGCGGCUGUGUCCGGCCUGCUUUGCCGGACAGCGUUGGCAGUGCGAGGAAAUCUUCGAGGACAUCGCGGAGCCCUCGGACUGGAGCAAGCUGCUCAAGAGCAUCAGUCUGCUGUUCGAUCGUCGUGAGAUUUACUUUCUGCAAUUGAAUGGGGGGGCCCAGCUGGUGGCCAAAAGAAAGGCCAUUGAGCAGCAACCUUACCGCAAUGUGGACUCCCUGCGAAGAGAAUUUCUUGAGAUGGAGGAACGUCCCGGUGGGUUCCAGCUUUGCCGGAGCGGGUCCCGGACCCCUCGGUUCGUGAGUUACUUCGAACAGCGCGGCCAUGAGGCUGCCACCAUCUGGUACUAUAUGAUGCACAGCGUCACCCCAUUGCUGAUGCAGGAACUGUUUCUGCUGGAGUUUCCAGUGCCUCGGAGCUACGGGGCCUGUGGCCUGACCCAUUUUCAAGCCUAUGCCGGACGCACGCUUGUGCACUACGCCGCUGCUGUCGAGAAUCUGCGCCUGGAAAUGGCCAGACAACUGCUUCAGCUGUCCCUAAAGCUCACCUUUGGCUUUGCGGACUUUCGCAUCUUCCUAACGGACCUCACGGCAGACAAUCUGGCCUUUGACGAGCCCAGCCAGAGAGUGAUCCUUAUCGACCUGGACUCUGUGGUCCUAGUGGACGCGUCAGCACCAUUGGGCAACGCCCAGAAGUACGAGCCCCUGCCUGGCGAUGGUUUCACGUUCGAUGUGAAGGAAUUUUGCGGUGGCCAGCAGCUAGACGCGAAUGUGUAUCAGGCUUGUCGGCUGCUAAAAGACUUCCUUCUCCAGGAUCUGGCCAACGAUAGGCUGGAGAUGCUGCUAGGCCAAUGCGUGCGAUGCGACAACGAGACAUGUGAUAUGCGCUUCCAGCAGGCGUACGACUUGAUCAAGCUUCUGGGGGAGCUGCUGGACAGGUAGCAUCUCGGACGAAGGACACGAUGAGGUUGGGCUAAGGUAACAUAUGGAGGAUACUUUAAUUUAAGUAGGUAACCAUGUUUAAUCAUACAACUCAUCCAUUACACGCAAUAUACGAUCUAACUGAACUUCGCCCGA